GUUUCUGCAGCAGGGAUGGAAGUGCAUCACAGCAAGCUGGACUUUUUCUGCAAGCUGGGCUACAGUAAGCAGGACAUCUGCAAAGUGCUGGAGAACCUGGGCCAAGAGGCCCUGGAGGACGAUGUGCUGAAAGAGCUGAUUCGGAUGGGGAGCAAACCCCAGGCUCUGGAGAGCCAGGCUCAGCCCUCCCUGCCAAAGCUCGUUGCCCGGGGGUCCUGUAGCACUUCUCCAGUGCCACAGUGGCUUGGGGGAGACGAAAGUGAUUCCUCCAGUCACUUGAGACCCAUUGUGAUCGACGGCAGCAACGUCGCAAUGAGCCAUGGAAACAAAGAGGUCUUUUCCUGCUGGGGGAUCCGUCUGGCGGUGGACUGGUUCCGAGAGAGGGGGCACACCUACAUCAAGGUUUUUGUCCCACUCUGGAGAAAGGAGCCCCCUCGACAAGACAGUCCCAUUGCAGAUCAGCACAUUCUUGAAGAGCUUGAGAAGCAAUCGAUCCUUGUGUAUACCCCGUCUCGGAAGGUGAAAGGCAAGAGGGUGGUUUGCUACGAUGAUCGCUACAUCGUGAAAGUUGCUUAUGAGAAAGACGGAGUCAUUGUCUCCAAUGACCAUUAUCGGGAUCUCCAGAAUGAAAACCCUGAGUGGAAGUGGUUUAUCGAGCAGCGGCUGCUCAUGUACUCGUUUGUCAGUAACAGGUUUAUGCCUCCUGAUGACCCCCUAGGCCGGCACGGACCCACCCUUAAUAAUUUCCUCAGCAAAAAGCCAGCGCUUCCCGAACCAACGUGGCAACCUUGCCCCUACGGUAAAAAAUGCACCUAUGGCAAUAAAUGCAAGUUCUAUCACCCAGAGAGGCCACAUCAAGCUCAGCUGUCGGUCGCUGAUGAGCUCAGAGCCAAAAUAAAGGCACCCGUAAGCCUGGGGAAGGAGGAGGAGCCAUGCAACCACUCUCCAUGCCGGACUGGCCGAGAUCCCGUGCCUCCUGACGCUGGCACAGAAACGCUGCAGGGAGCCGGCAGCGGUGUGGGGCCCUCCUGCUACACGGCCUGGUCCCCAGGCAGCUACUGCCCACGGCUGGCUGACGCCAGGGCCAUCGGCCUUGACGCUGCCCUGGAGCAGGACCAGAGGCUGCCAGACACCCUGAGGGACGGAGCCCUCGUGGAGGAGAUGUCGGCGCUCUCCAUCAGCGACAAGGUGUUAUGUGGAGCCAGGCCAGCCCGCGCCCCCCAGGACCGAGAGGUGGCCGACAGCCCCCGGGGCUGCUGUAGCCUCAGGCACGGCCCCUUCCUGCUCCACCACCACCACCCCUCGGACUGCGCCUGGAGGCACGCGGAGCACUGCUGGCCUCAGGAGCGCCCACAGGGGCCCAGGAGCCGCUGCCUCCCCACCACGCCUCAGCACGGCCCAGCCCUACAAGCACAGCAGCAGCAGCACCUCCUGCCGCCCUCCACUGUGCCUCCAGCUGGGCCGCUGCAGGGGUACGGUGAGCAGCCGGCACUGCCCGGCUGCUGCUUCCCCAGCCAGCCCCUGCUGCUGGAUGCCAGCAGCGGUCUCGGCUUCUUCCAGAAAGCCUACACUUACCCUGAUGCUGCUUACUGCAGUUACUGGCCGCCCCCCGCUGCAAGACCUCCUUGUGCCCAGCAGGCGAGCGUCCACAGGGAGCUGUGCACCAUGUUCUCCUGCGCUGAGGUGAACCAAGUCAUGGCCUUGUACCCAGACAUCAAGGACAUCGCUAGUUUGACUUUACUCAUUCAAAGACACAGGAACUUGUGAAAACUCCAGGGUAAGCUUCCCAGCAACUGAAGAGCUGCUGUUCUGAGGGUUAUCUGAGUGUUAUUACAGGGCUUUGUGAGCAGGGUUAUGGCUGUUCAAGUAGCACGCAUCUAAGCCUCAACCAGCUAUGGUGCACGGGGUAUCGAGUCAAGGCAGCUGUUGUGGUUCACAGCAGUGGGGACCUCAGUCGCCUUGCUUGGAAGAGAAUAGGAGGGCUUGGGUGAACUAGCUGAGCUGUCAGCACAUGAACCUCCCUGUGGCCUGUUUUUUAGGCUGAGGUAGCUCACUGUUAAUUCCUUGAAACACUAGACAUGUUUUCAAAGUCUUAAUGUCCUGGUCAACUACCCUGGAAGAGACAUUCUCCAUGGGUCUCGUUAAAGGGCUCCUCACAGACCUAUCAUGACUAGCAGAAAAAGUAAUUUGGCAUAUUUCCCCUAACAUGUGGCUGUCCUUUCUGCUACAAGGCGUCUUCGGGUCCAUGUCAGUGCCUGAUGGCUUUUAUCACUAAAGCAACCCUGUCCUACAGGCGCAGCCCUGCAUCUGUGAGCUUUAAAAGAAGCAGCUAGUGUUUACGAACCAAUGCUAUGAACCCAUAAGAUUACUGGUAGAAGUUGUGGAGAGACUCCAAGCUCUUGGAAACAGCUGCAGGUAUAUUUCUCAGGGCUCACGCACAACAUAAAUCAAGUCAGGGAAGUCAUUGUUAAUAUAAGUCCUGCUGUGGACUGAAGGCUCUGGACUGUUUCUUCUUAUUUGAGUUAACACAGACAAUAGCAAGGAGGAAAAAAACCCUAACAACUUUAAAGGGCCUCUGUUCUAGUGAACAAGAAAACUGUUGUUGAAUUAACCCUUAAUUACCAAAUGUGGUCCCAUAAUGCCAUUAUACAGAUGAUUUAUGAUUACAAACAUUUAAACUGUGUUCUGCUGGGACGUUCGAUUUUCAGUAAGCUGUAAAGCUGCUAAUCUCUGCAUUACUCCACUGACUUCUUCAGGGUAUAAUUCAAAUGUUAAGGUUGAUCCUGAAAGUUUUUGGCAUUUUACCAAAGUCUGAGUAUGUCAGUAUGACAUGUUUUAAAAAUUAUUUAGCACAUUAUAAAAUGAUCACCUAGAACAGUUUGCUCUGAAUAUGUCUGUUUGUAUGCCUUUUUUCGAAAGUAUUUUUAUUCCAUUCCUUUUAGCACUGAUGGAUAAUUAGGUCUAAUACUCAGGUGGGAUUUACAAAAUUUCUGCACUCUAUGUGGCCCUGCACUCUAGGUUAGGUUCUUCUCAGAAGUACAGUCAGGCCAGAAUUAAACAGAUCUUGCUGAAUUCUCUUGUUUUUGAAAAGGUGACCAAGGAGAAGUAAU